AUGACACCACCCCCUCCGCCCCAAACCGUCUUUACCAACGGUAAAAUCUUCCAGUCAGGCGUGGCCCCAGGGACGAAUGCUGGCCUGCAUCGGCCUCCGACCUUUGCAUCAUGCAUGCUCGUCCGUGGCGACCAAAUAGAGCAUGUCGGCUCAGUCUCGGACGCCCCCAUUGCCGCGGCCCUAGCGGAUGCAGCAGUCCAUGUCCAUGACCUGCAGGGCCGGACCAUCCUCCCGGGCUUUGUCGACGGACAUAUGCACCUCAUGCUCCUCGGCCAAGCACUCACCAAACUGGACCUCUCCCCCUGCCGCACCCUCGCCGACAUCCGCGCUGCCAUCCAAUCCUACUCAGCCACCAUCCCCUCCGCCCCACGCAUCCUCUGCCGCGGCUGGAUGCACAGCAUGACUCCCCAGCCAGGCGGCGUCACGGCCGCCAACCUCGACGGGCUCGACGCCACCGGCCGCGACCGCCCCGUUCUCGUCGAUUCCAAGGACCUGCACUCCACGUGGGCUAAUACGGCCGGGAUCCGGGACUUGGGGGCCGACAGUUGGAAGGAAGUGCCCGGGGGUAUCAUCGAGCGUGAUGAAGCGGGGAACUUGACGGGGGUGUUUAGCGAGGCCGCGAAUAUGACGUAUGUGUGGCCGUACCUGGCGAGCGUGGCUAGUGUUGAGGAACGGGUGGCUGCGGUACGGGCGGCGGUGAAGGCGUAUCAUGAGGCUGGGUACACGGGGAUGAUCGAUAUGGCGAUGGACGAGGCCGGGUGGGAGGCCCUGUUGGCGGUGCGGGAGAGUGGGACCAGCAUCCCGAUGCGUAUCGCGGCUUACUGGCUGGUGCGGCCGCUGGAGACGGAAGAGGAGACACUGAAGCAGGUUGACCGGGCGGCUGAACUGGCGGGCCAAUUUAACGCUACCACCUCGCCGGACUGCCGGGUUGUUGGAAUCAAGGUGAUCUGCGACGGCAUCGUCGACGCCUGCACGGCCGGUCUUGCCGAGCCGUACGCGCACGAUGGCCGCACGGAAGUGCCGCUGUGGACGCGGGAACAGCUCGAGCCCGUGGUGCGCCGGGCCGACGAAGCCAAGCUGCAGAUUGCGUUACAUGCUAUCGGGGAUGCCACUGUCACGAUGGUCGUCGACGCGUUGACCAAGUUUGCCGACCCGGCCCGCCGGCCGCGCGUGGAGCAUCUCGAGCUGACCUCGCCGGAAGACGCCGCACGUCUCGGUAAAGGCCGCAUCACAGCCUCGAUCCAGCCGGUACAUGCCGACCCGGCCAUCCUCCGGGCCUGGCCCCGGCUGUUGGGCGAGCACCGGUGCGGGCGGGCUUUCGCAUACCGCGAGUUUGCUGACCUUGGUGCGCCCCUCGCGCUGGGCAGCGAUGCGCCUACGGCUCCGCACUCGCCACUAGGGAAUAUCUACGUCGGAACCACGCGGCGGUCAUACAGGGAGCCUGGGGCGGAAACGACCGUGAAUCCCCACUUUGCGCUGGGACUCUGCGAGGCUGUGGCCGCAGGCACCGAAGGAGCGGCCUACAGCUGUUUUGAUGAUCACAGGGUGGGCGUGCUCGGAAAGGGGUAUAAGGCGGAUUUUGUGGUCGUAGACAUGGAGUGGGAGAAGGAGAAGCUCACGGAGGCCAAGCUGGUUGGGACGUGGUUCGACGGGGCCCAGAUGUGGUCUUCGGCUUAA